UCUCAGGUUUCCUUGGUUGCUUUCAAGAAAUUGCUGCUUUGCUUUCCUAGAGGAUGAUUACUAGGCGUUGCUUUUGUAGCUUUGCCCCACGGCCUUGGUUGUUUGUGGGUUUAGGCAACCCGGGCGAUAAAUAUAAAGGAACUAGACACAAUGUGGGUUUUGAAAUGAUCGAUGCAUUUGCUGAAGCUCAAGGGAUAGAAAUGAAUACCCUUAACUGCAAGGCUAUCUUUGGGCAAGGUUUUGUGGAUGAUGCACCUCUUCUUCUUGCUAAGCCUCAAACAUACAUGAACUUGAGUGGUGAAUCUACUGGAGCCCUUGCAGCUUAUUAUAAGCUACCGCUCAAUCGAGUGAUUGUGUUUCAUGAUGACACGGACUUACCAUGUGGAGUGCUUCGUCUUAAAGACAAAGGAGGUCAUGGAAGCCAUAAUGGGCUGAAGAGUGUAAUCUAUCAUUUUCGGGGAAACAAAGAGUUUGCACGGCUACGAAUUGGUAUUGGUAAGCCGCCUGGUCAGAUGGAUCCUAAGGCAUUUUUACUGCAAAAAUUUAAUGCAUCAGCUCGAGAACGAAUUGAUACCGCUUUGCAAGAGGGAGUUGAAGGAUUGAAACUUCUUUUAUCGAAAGGGUUGACAGAAAGUUCAAGACGAUUCAACACUGAACAAAAGUACAAGCAUAUAAGAUUACAAACUAUGCCGAACUGAAGAAUGUUGGAGCCUUCCUUGUAUGAUCGUUUUAAGGGUGCCCUGGUCGUAGCUUUAUGAAGU